UCAGGACAUCACAUCUCUGUCCUCUCUCUCUCUUUGUCCUUGUCUUUGCUUCUGUCUUUCUAUCAUUCACUCACUCAUUCAUUCACUCAUUCAUUCAUUCAUUCAUUCAUUCUCUGUACAUUUGAAGCAUGUCCAGUCUCAGUUUCCUGUCUGUUUAUCUGAGUGGAGCCUCACUGAUCCUGCUGCUGACUGCUGUGUCUCAGGCUCAGGACUACGACUUCACACCAGCUCCAGACUACGACUCCGACUACAAUGCCACCUUCGAGUACAGUUUCUACAGUAACGGCAGCAGCGAGGACCUGGAGAAGUUGAGCGAACGAUUCGUCGACCCGGAGGAAGAGGAGGAGGACAUGGGUGGAUGGGAGGAAGAGGAAGUGACUGUUACCACGGCAACCACCCAAGGAACCACCGAGAGGGGCGGGGUCGACGUUCAUAACGCUACAUCACUUCCUGUUUCUCUGGAAAUCAGGACGCUCGUCUGGACUCUGAUGAUCCUGAUCAGUCUGAACCUGCAGCAGCUGCAACCCACACUAUGAGACCAGACACACACUCAGCAGCUGUUGGGUGCGUUUGAUCCUGCAGAAACCGGCCGAGGUCACUCGAUCUGAGGUGGGCGGGGGCACUGUCCCCUCUGUGACCUUUGACCUCAGCAGAGAGCGACUCCUCCUGAACGUACCUACCGUCACCUCGGCGUGGGAACAGGUGGAGCUCAGCCAAUCACAAACCUUUAUCAGCACCUCAGUUCACUGCAGAACUUUCCUUCUAAUAUAAAAACUGUCACGUUUCAAAGGAUAUUUUUCACAGUUUAUCACUAUUUUAUUUGACUGUUGGGGAAACAGCAGAUUCAAAUCAUUAUUAUCUUGUACGGAGGCUCGUGUGUAUAAGUAUAGAAGCUGAUUGAUGCCAAAACUGUUGAGUGAGAGCGAAGUAGAAUCGGGCUUCGGCCGAGCUGAACCGCGAUUUGCACCAGACCUGAGACGGACCCAUGGAGAACCUACCCGAACCCGAUCUGAGGGGAUCCCGAGCACAGCCAGACCAGAUCCAGAAUGUGGAGAGAGAACACCGGCAGCAGCACGAUGAUCGAUCAGUUGACGAGCAGCAACAGAAUGAUAAUCAUGUCGUAAGAAUAGAUUUAAAGUCUGUGUUUCCACUUCAAAUGUAUUGAGACCAUGUAAAGUCCUGGUUCCUGCUCCUGCCGCCAAACGUCCUGCAGCCGACGGGGCGCCGACGUUCUGACCUGUUUCACAUUUGAUGCUUAUACACAUUCGUUCUUCACUCAUUCACAGAAUAAAUUAAUUUCAGGUUUCAGAUUCUACGUUUCGGCAGUCUACAGCUGAAAAUGAGACGUUUUCACUUAUUUCCGUCUGACGCCAAGAAGCUCUUGUUUAAAAGUUUCCGAGGAUCUUGAUGAUAAAUCUGCCGCAGAUGAGCAGAUCAGCAUCAGCGCAGUGAGUUCAUUCGUCCGGAGAAUGAAAAUUAGAUUCGCCUCCAGAAAUGAUUUCAGCUCAGAACUGGUUCCGUUUAGUCAUCAAUGAACCUCCAUAUCUAAAGUCCUGUUUUCUGUGGAUGAACCUCUGAUGUUCAGUGAUGUAAAACGCUCUCACCUCGACAGGAAACGGUUUCCGGUUCCGUCUCCUCCAUCUUUUAUCUCACGUCGGUUUCACCGUGAAUCAAACAGCAGCACUUUGAAAACGAGCAGCACUUACCAGUUUAUUUCGUGACGUUCUUUGUCUGUUACAGAUUGUUCUGCGGAGGCGGAGGAAAGAAAUGUACCUGUCAAAUUAAUGGUCCAGGGGAUUAUUGCUGCUUUUAGUUAUGAGACCAGAUGAAAGGCUGGUUAUUAUUCAAACAUUUGAAUGUUGGAAACAGAAACACGAAGAAAACGAGAAAAUGCGCUCAGUAGAGCACAGACCUCCACCAAGGCCAG